ACCUUCCAUUCCUCAAGCUGUGGCGUCACUCUUGGUAUCCCUGCAGCUGGCUUCGGUCGGCUUUUAUCCACAUCUGUUCGCAUCACGGUCCCAACGGUCGGGAAUAUCUUCAUUCAUGCUUUUAUCUUCACAGCCAACUCCCCUUCCCCUCGCCGUCGUUUGCCAACCUGCUGGAGUAUGUGAAGCGCCGCACUUGUCGCCACGCUGCAGGAAUCUCCGCCGACACAAAUGAGGCCAACGAGCUAUGGUCGAUGAUGCCGCGCCAGAGACCCUGCCAGGCCGAUCAAUCCCUUUCGGGAACGACCAGGAGGAUGGCAGAGGGGGUCCAGAGCCUUCAAACCGCGCCGAUGAUGCAGAAGCUAGAGGUUCUAGGAGAAGGCGACGGCGGAAACAUCGAAAGACCAAUCCCGGCCUGGCAAAGAAGUUCGACUUCUUGACCCAAUUACUGCGGAAUCUCGACUCCCUAGUAUACGCAGAGCUAUGCACAUUAUACUACAUGGAGUGCUCCAUCUUCCGCUUUGCAGUUCGUGUCUACGGACAACACCACUGGCUUACACCCAAGCCUGACGACUACCCAUUGACUAUGGCGGCGGCCCGGUCACAAGUUAUAUCGGUGUUUGUCCCGAACUUGCUCUGUGUCUUGCUACAUAUUCUUGCAUCCCUACCUGUAGCUGGCGAAGCUGCGCGUGGUUAUCUUCACGGCGGUGUCAUCGUCGACUUCAUCGGGCAGAAACCACCAACCUCGAGGCUUACUUUUCUAGCUCUCGACUGUAUUAUACUGGCUGUGCAGUGUCUCAUGCUGGCUGUCCAUGCCGAGCGAGAGAAGCUACGGCCAAUUGUAAGGCCAUUGUUAUUCCGUUUGCCCCCAGCACUAGAAGAGACGAUCGGUCUUUCUACCCAAGAUCACGACGCCGAAGAGCGGGGGGUGUUGAGAGAUGCACCUGGACUGGACAUGGAAGGUGCAGACAGCGUGGAGCUCCAGCCUCUGAGGCCCAACGGCGAAGCUGAAAAUGACCAGGAGCCUUUAAGAAGGAGGCCCUCAAGACGACGCUCGUCCUCGAAUGCAGCCAGUGGGAUGCACUUAUUCGACGUCUUCAGUUCAGGGAACGGCGAGUUGGGAGAGUUCCACAUAUCUCACACUAUUAGACACGCUACCACUGAUUACUGGGGAGCGGCAGGUCACUCGCUUCAAACCCUCGGUUAUACCGCCACAUUGACGAGACUGUCCGCGAUGAGGAGGAUACCACAGCUAGAGCGCAACCAGAGGAAUGAAAGGUAGUCUAGAUGGUAUCAUGAUAUCCAAUGGCAAUU